AAGUUAGAGGUGUGCGCAUAAAGUUUGUCCUAGCUUUUUGGUCGCCGUUGUAAGAAUUGAACAACUCUUGUAAUUAUUUUCCCUUCGUCUACAUUUCUGACAAAUAUUAAACUGCACUGAAUCCAAACUCAAAAUGAAGGGACGGUGUAUUUUCGUUUUUAAUUGUGCGGUGCUCUUGUGUCUGUUUAUUGCUACGGCAUCAUCAGCGGAGGAGUCUGACGAUGCCGUGGUCCAGAGCGAGGAGACGGCGCUGCCAUUCGAAGUGAACAUGCCAGAAUUCCCCGAGGGUGUUACCGUCAAAAGAUUGGCCACACUCGGGGAAUGUAAAAGAAUUGCUGUAAAGGGAAAUUGGUUGGAAGUUGAAUUCUUCGCACAGCAAAUGAAAGAUGACGGAACUAUUCUUGAAAGAUUUGAUUCCACUAAAUCAAGAAAAAGAUCUUUGAUGAUCGAAGUUGGUGGGGAUCGUAAACUACCAGGAUUGUACGAAGGCCUGAAAGACGUUUGUGUCGGUGAACAGCGAGAGAUUACCAUACAGCCUGGACCAAUGUUGGAAGUAGAUACUAAAUAUGGUCUUAAACAGCCCAAAACUGACAGGGAAGCUGUGUACACCAUAACAAUCCGAUCUAUUCAAGAUAUAGAACCAACAAAUAUCUUUAACAUGAUGGACGCUGAUAAAGAUGAGCAACUGACAAAAGAUGAGAUCAGCUCAUUCCUUUCUAAGAAUGCAGUUGGUAAAAUGGCAGCUGCCGUUGAAAUUGAAAAAGUGGUCCAAGACAUCUUGCAAAACCAUGACAAAAACAUGGAUAACAUUCUCGCAAAACAUGAAUAUCCACAAAAUGCUUACAGACAUUCAGAACUCUAAGGUGCUCUUAAACAGCUAUUAAGAAACAUUUAUUACAAAAAAAAAGAUUAAAUGAUGGGGGAGGUUAGCUCUGUAAACUAACAAAUAACUCUUUAAAGUUUGUUGUGAGGGUGGUUCUAGUCCUUGGUAAUGGGUCUGUCCAGGGUUUGCUCCUGGUGCAGUUUCCCCUUGAGUUUUUCUUUCUGGGUUUCCUUCAGUUUUUCCCAAACUUCCAUCCCUGAGUAUAUUGUACAGGUUCAAGAUGUUGAGAAACUGCAGAUAUUGCAGCAUGAAAGAUGACCUCGGCUACACCGUAGAUAUGCAAGGAAACGGCUGCUCCAAGAAGGCCUACAUGAUAAACAACCAUUUAUUUUUCCAAUAACUUUAAAUUCCAAUUGACGUUUUAAAAGAUGUAUAGUUUUGAAUCAGUGAUAAAGAUAUUCAUUUGUUUUUACCCUUUAUUACACCAAUGUGUUUUAAACAAUGGAUACUCUGUACUCUCCUGAGUUCUGUGAAAAACCCACAGGCAAAUCACCUCAGAUGGGAUUCGAACCCACGACCUUUGUAUUAAUGUUCUUUUAAUGAAAUAGUGUCAGAGGUUUUGACUGACAGCGUACUUAGGCUAUUGAGAUUUCCAUUGUUAUACUUUUAUUUUAAAAGCAAUAAACCACAUGAGUUUAUAAGAGUUGAGUUUUAGCAGAAGUUGAAAGAAAAUUACUUUAGUUAUACAAACUAAAUUUACUUUGUUAAGUACAGACAAAAAACGUUUGGGUAGAAAUGACAAAAUGUCUGGAACGAUUGCUUCUAUUUGAAUCCUUUAACAUUUAAAGAUCGCUUAAGCUAACUGCAGAAAAAGUUUAUAGAUGUACUUAAGUAUCUUUGGAAACUACAAAACGUCUAAAAGUUAAAUAGCACUUCAGUUACUGUAUAACGAUUAAGACAAACAUAAGGAAUGCGUGCAACUUUUUAGUAUAAUUUCCGCAAUACAUUGUACUUUUGAUAGCAGGGUAUCUUCACAACAACUCAAAACUGUCUUGCCACUUUUAGCGAAAACACUUUUGGCUUAGACACUAAUGAGAUAAUUGUAACUCAAAAUGGUUAAAACUAUAGUCAUUGCUGCUAGGCGCAGGUUAUAAAGCAUUGUUAGAAACGGCACCCUUUAAAGUAAUGACGUUUUAGAAAGAGAGGUAAUUUCCCAAAAGUAUUAAUCUGAGAAAGACUUCAAGCAUGAAGCCUUUCUCAGCAGUCCAAAACCAAGCAAUCAAUUAUAUGCAACAAGGGCUUUAUUUUUUUCCCUUCAAAAUUCGAUGACCAUAUAAUUAUUGAUCAAAAAUUUUCACAGGUUUGUUAUUUAUGAAUGUUGAGAUACACCAAUGGGGACAAUUACCAAAAGAAUACCAUGUCUUUAUAAAGAUGGUUGCUAUGAUUAUGUACCAUCGUCGUGUUUUUAGUCAAGACUUUAAAUCCACUGUAAUUUAAAUUCGAGAGAAUGCUAUAACUAUAACUUCUUUUGCAACAAAGUAUUCUGCCAAAUAAAUUUUGAAAUAAUAGUUUGUCACAAGGUACUAUUUUUGAUACAGUUUUGUAAGACAGUUUUUUAAACAGUUGUUAUCAUUAUUUUUAUACCCAUUUUGUAAUAAACUGCUGUGCCAAGUACAUGCUAUGCUGUUCUGAAAUGCACUAUUUUGAAUAAAGGAAUAAUUAUUUCCGGGCUUUGAAA